UCCAAAUGGGUGACACAAUCACAAUUCACAGAGUUAAAAAAUAGAAAAAGAAAAAACCCAAAAACGUGUUGUAAAUCACCAAAAAGAGACCAAACAACUCAAAUUGGAUCCUCAAUACUCUUACUCCACCUUGCCUUCCUUUUUCCUUUCUUUCUCUCUCCAAUCCUCCUAUAAAUACCAUUUGAAAACCCCCAAUUUUAUCCAAUUUCAAUCAUACUAUAUCCAUAUUCAAUAGAUUUACACCAUCUUACGACUACAAAUUAUUAAUCUGCUCUAAAACCCUAAUUUUUGAAUCAAACAUAUUUGAAUUUGGUGAAUGAUAGGCGAUUUGGGUCAUUGGACAAGAGCAGAGGACAAAGUGUUCGAGGAAGCUCUUGUUACUUUUGGGGAAGAAGUUAAUCAAGAUCCUCAACUUCGUUGGAAUAAAAUUGCUGCUCGUUUGCCUGGAAAAUCACCGGAAGAGGUUCGAAAUCAUUACGAAGCUCUUGUUUAUGAUGUUGAUCAGAUCGAUUCUGGUCAAGUUGAACUUCCUUCUUACUCCGAUGAGUUAGCUUCUUCUUGGUGGGUUGCUGAAACGCAAUCAACUCGGCCGAGUCAAAUUUCGUUUGGGUCAGAUGGUGGUAAACCUAAAAAUAAUGAUGCGGAAAGAAAGAAGGGUACUCCUUGGACUGAAGAAGAGCACAGGCUUUUCUUGAUAGGAUUAGAGAAGUAUGGUAAGGGAGAUUGGAGGAGUAUAUCCAGGAAUGUAGUGGUAACAAGAACACCAACCCAAGUAGCGAGCCAUGCCCAGAAGUAUUACCUUCGUCAAAACUCCGUCAAGAAAGAGAGGAAGAGAUCGAGCAUCCACGACAUUACAACCGUGGAUGACAAAUCUGGUGCGCGUCCAGCAGUCGAACAAAAUUGGAUUCCGCCUCCUCAAGGAAAUUCAAUGACACAAAAUACUACAUUGCAACAAUUGAGUGCUGGUGCAUCGCCUCACUUUAGUAGUAAUACUCAAGGGGUGACCGAUUUUGGGUAUCCAAAUUUCGGUUUUCCCAUGUAAAUGCUCGGAAUAAUAUGGAUCUCGUACUCGGAUUAUGUACAUACAACUACAAGGUUCUUGUGUAGUCUUUGUUAAAUUUACAAUACCAUAUGGUGGAUUGAUGGAGUAAAUAUGAGAACAGGGAUAGUGUUGGGCGUUUUAUUGUUGAUGUACUUGUUUUUGUGAGUGAAAGCUCAACUAAACAUAGACAAAAUGUUCAUGGACAGGAGAUAGAAUGUAAUUUAUACUAAAGCAAUCUAAGAUAUGGAUAUUCAAACAUUAUUCUCA